AGGAUUUGGUGAUAUGCCGCAAGAUCAAUGAAGGAGCAGAAGACAACGGGCCCCAGAACCCAGCACUGGGUCCGAAGGAUGCCUCUGAGUUGUACACCGCCAUACCGAUCAACGUCCUACCAGCAGUGAGGAACCGCGUGGAUAUGACACUUCCGAUAGUCUAACGGUGAUCUUCAUGGCUAUCGCCGGAUCUCGAUGGGAUUUUUGCCGUUUCUGCAAGGGCCCGACGGAUGUUUGGUGGUAUGUAAUGUUAAACAGCGUACUCUUCGUUUGAAUAGCGUGAUCUUACAGAAGACAUGUUUCUUGCUGGUCACCCGACGGCUGGAGACUCCGGGCUGCAAUCCCGGAGCAUACGGAAGACUAAAACUUCACGCUCCACUACAUUCGAUACCGGAUGCAGGAAUUCUAUGCCCGGACUUUCAUGAUCUACUGUACCCCACUAAACUUGUUAAACGGGAGCUGCCACCUGCCGAAUCUCAUUACUGCAAUCCUCUGUUGGGUAAUCUUAUCCGUCAUAGUCUACAGUGUUAUUCAUUGCCGCUCUGGUUCCAAGUACCUUGGGAGAUCAUGGAUAGUUGUUUGAUAGUGCAUCGUGAAGACCAAGCAGCAUUAUCUGCUGAUAUCCGAGUCCGAGGAUACUAUUGUUUGGUGCAAAUGAUCAAGUGCGGGGGCCAUCCGUCCAAACAAAUAUACUGACACACUGGACUACUCAGCUGAUAAAGCCGGUGUACUGAGAACAAACAGGACAUAAGUGUCGACAUUGUUCAGAUUACAUGUUUCGCCCGCCCCUCGAUCAUUCCUACUUUGCUCUUGUUCCCCAGUAACCAUUCUGGGUCAUUCAGCCAGUUUAUCCCGAACGA